UUCCGACUUCCCUCCCGGCGACGACUGAUGACGCCAGGGACUUUCCGAUCGGUGAUUGGCUAAUACUCCGGAGCGUGCGUCCAGGCGCCAACAUUUCCCUCAGUCGCAGCUGAAGCUGUUUCUUGCGGCCGAGUCGGCAGUCCCCUCAGCCAUCCAACUAUGGCUGCGAUCAAAGUGGUAAACGCCAAGGCUGAGGUGGCGCGGGCCCAGGCGGCCUUGGCCGUCAAUAUAUGCGCUGCCCGAGGGCUGCAGAAUGUGCUGCGGACCAACUUGGGUCCUCAGGGGACUAUGAAAAUGCUUGUUUCUGGUGCAGGUGACAUCAAGCUCACCAAAGAUGGCAAUGUGCUGCUUCAUGAGAUGCAAAUUCAACACCCAACAGCUUCCUUGAUAGCAAAAGUAGCAACAGCCCAGGAUGACAUUACAGGAGAUGGUACUACUUCAAAUGUUCUAAUUAUUGGAGAGUUACUAAAACAAGCUGAUAUUUACAUUUCUGAGGGCCUGCAUCCUAGAAUAAUAGCUGAAGGAUUUGACGCAGCAAAGAUAAAAGCACUUCAAGUUUUAGAAGAAGUUAAAGUUGAAAAAGAGAUGAAAAGAGAUUUCCUCUUAGAUGUGGCAAGAACAUCACUGCGAACUAAAGUUCAUGCUGAACUAGCUGAUGUGUUGACAGAGGCUGUGGUUGAUUCUGUUUUGGCUGUUAGAAGACCAGGUUAUCCUAUUGAUCUCUUCAUGGUAGAAAUUGUGGAGAUGAAGCAUAAAUCAGAAACAGAUACAAAGGGAAUUGAUCCAUUUUCCUUAGAUACUCUUGCAAAACACGGCAUAGUAGCUCUUCGCAGAGCAAAGAGAAGAAAUAUGGAGAGACUCACUCUUGCUUGUGGUGGAAUGGCUGUGAAUUGUCUUGACGAUCUCUGUGUAGAUUAUUUGGGACAUGCUGGUCUUGUACAUGAGUACACACUAGGUGAAGAAAAGUUCACUUUUAUUGAGGACUGUGUUAACCCUCGCUCUGUUACUUUGUUGAUUAAAGGACCAAAUAAGCAUACUCUCACACAAAUCAAGGAUGCUUUAAGGGAUGGACUUCGUUCCAUCAAAAAUGCCAUUGAAGAUGGUUGUGUGGUUCCAGGAGCAGGUGCAGUUGAAGUGGCAAUGGCUGAAGCCCUUGUUACAUACAAACACAGUAUAAAAGGAAGAGCUCGUCUUGGAGUCCAAGCUUUUGCUGAUGCUUUACUCAUUAUCCCUAAGGUUCUUGCCCAGAAUUCUGGUUUUGACUUGCAAGAAACACUAGUAAAAGUACAGACUGAGCAUUCAGAAUCAAAACAACCUGUUGGCAUAGAUUUGAAUACAGGUGAGCCAAUGGUAGCAGCAGAUGCAGGAGUUUGGGAUAAUUAUUGUGUUAAAAAACAACUUCUUCAUUCUUGCACAGUGAUUGCCAGCAACAUUCUCCUGGUUGAUGAAAUUAUGCGAGCUGGUAUGUCUUCUCUCAGAGGGUGAUUGAAUUCAAAAUAAACUCUUCUGAAAACUGAGAUAUAGCACAUCUCACAUUCAGCUACCAUUAUAUAGCUUGAGCCAUUCUUAAUUUUUACAAAAUAAAUGUAGUUCAAAUUUA